UUAAAUGGCAAUUGAUGCACAAACCAGCAUAAGUAGCCAUAAUAAAAAAUUUUUUUUUUACAAUUUUUACUAAAAAGGAGAAAUCAAUACAUUAAACGACACGAAAAAAUGCACUAUAAUGAGUACGCAAAAUUGGAAUUUGGCGUAUGUAUUGCACGACUUUAUGAAACUGUGUUGAUAUAUUGAAUAUUUAAGAGUGGGUUCAUAGUUUGAGAUUCACUGGUGAUGAUAGAUGAAAGACUAUAAAAAUGAUCUGAUAAAAUUCUAAAACAUCAAAUUCUAAAAGGUUAUUUAUGUGCAAUAAGCAAAAGUAUGCAUAAACGAAUCGGCGCAGUUUCCACAGAUAUUAAAGGUGAAAUGUGUCAGCUCACCAUCUGUUGUUUGCGGGAGUGUGACCUCACACCUUCACCAUCACGCGUGUCAGACCCCAGGCGUGAACAAACCGUUUGGCACGAGCGCGCUCGUGCGUGUAUAUAAAGGCUCGAGGCUUCAGUCUGAGCAUCACUCGAACAGAAAUCAACAAGGAUUUACUUCUUCAGCUCUGCUUUACCUUUUCACGGACACUAUGGAGCGAAUCGCUUUUACAAACGGAUUAAACUCUGCCACAAACUCACAGGACGCGACGCAGCCCUGGAGACCCUGGACGCGUCGAGCGCGUCAUGAACGCAAAGCUGCGACUUACUCGCCUUAUAAGAAACCAGCAUUAACAGGAGCUGAUGAUCAACACUGUACCAUCAUGACACAUCCUGUAAAGUUAUUCUGGCCCAAAUCUCAGUGCUUUGAUUAUUUGUACCGGGACGCAGAGAUUCUCCUGCAGAAUUAUCCGGUUCAGGCCACAAUCUGCCUGUAUGAGGAUUCAGACAGCGAUGAUGAAAAUGACAGUGAUGAAGAAGAUGAGAAAGAACUCAACUGACCAGCAUCAUUCAACACAACUUUAUUUAUAGACUCUAAUCCUCCUUCCACUUCUAAUCUGUUUUGUGUAAAAAGCUGUAUAUAUGUAUAAAAUAUACUUAAAAAAUAUAUA